AUGGCUCAAUCUCAAGUUCGACGGAACACCUGGGAAGGGCAGAAUGGACCAUCGUUACCAGAGGCAAGAGCUACUGAACUUCUUCAUACGUACAUAUACGACUAUUGCAAGAAACACAACUUUGGACAAGCAGCAAAGGCGUUCGCACAAGAGGCUGGUGUACAAGUGGGUAAGAUGCCACCCAUUGAUAUCCCGUCAGGCUUCCUAGGCGAUUGGUGGAGUGUAUUUUGGGAUGUUUACAAUGCAAAGUAUAAUGAGACAUUGGCUAGCAAGGAUGCAGCAACGUAUCAGCAUUACACGGCACUUGUACGAAGUAAACGGGAGGAAAUGUUACAGCAACAUCGUGCAAUGAGUAUGCAACAACAGCAACAACAAAUGCUUCAACAACGGCGGAUGUCUGAUGUACAGCGACAACCUCCUACUAUGCAACAGCCAUCGUCUCAACAACAAGGUGCAAUGUCACGCGAUCCUCGACCGUCACCCGCCAAUAGUACUAUUUCACUACCAAACAAUGGGAUGCAACGACCACCAACACCACAGCAACAACAACAACAACCACCUCAUCAAUACCACCAUCAUCAUCAUCCUAGCAACAACAGCAUUGUAAAUACCCCACAAAGCAUGCCUUCUUCUUUACCCCAACAACAUAUCCAUGCAUCGCCCUCUUAUUCUCCUCAACAAAUCCAACAUCAACGUCCUGGCAAUGAGCAUCCAACAGAGCAUAUGAUGACUAGCAAUCCCCAAUUACCAGCUACAAGUGCACCGCUACCACCCCAUUCCACUCCACGUAUGGCUACUACAGCAGCAGCAGCAGUAACUACUACACCAACUUCUACCACUGCCACCACUGCCGCUAUGGCUGCUGCUCCUGGGGGCGUUAUGAACCGUGAUUUGCAAUCCAUGACACAGGAGGAAAGAAAUGCCUACAUGAUGCAUGCCAAACGCCAGGCUAUUCAAAACAACAUGAUGAUGCGUAAUAACCCUAACAUGAUGAUGAGCCAUCAAGCCCGACUUCAAAUGCAGCAACAGCAACAAUUAGCUAUGAAUCAACAACAACAACAACAACAACAACCCAUGACGCCUCAACAAGGACCUGGUCAACUUCCUUCCCAAUCUCAACCUCAUCCUCAACAACAACAGGCAAUGGAUAUGGCAAAUCGAAAUGCUGGAAUGGCUCAAGCAGGACAACCUCGACCACCAAUGAUGAAUGCAUCGAUGGGUAUGACAGGACCUGGUGUACCUGUUGCACAAAUGUCUGGAGCAAUGCAACAUCCAAAUACUCCUUUUUCUGGUGAUUCCAAAAUGCUGAUGAUGCAACAAAUGAUAAGCAAAGGGCAAAUCCCAGCUGGUCUCACUCCCCAACAACAGAUGGCCCUUCGACAACAACACCAAGCCAUGAUGAAUCGUAAUUACAUGUUACAACAACAGCAACAGCAACUUCAAAUGAGUCAAGGAGGUCACAAUGCGACUGUACCAACGAGUCAAGCCAUGAUGAUGGGUGGGUUCAAUCCACAGCAUGAUCCUGAAAAAGCACGUGCAGCAUUGAUGAAUUAUCAGCGACAACAAGCUCAACAGGCUGAACAACUUUAUCGGCAACAACAACAAGCUGCUGCACAACAACAAGGAGGUCGACCACCACCACCACCAUCUCAACAACAACAACAACAUCCUGCUAAACGUCCUCGACCUAAUCCUGACAAUGAGACUUCAAACCCCCCUAUGGCUCAAGCAUCUCCCCAAACAAGCAACACGGGUAGUCCACAUACGAUGAAUCAACAACAGCCAUCUGCUACCACCAUUAAACCGGAGCAAGUACAAGGAAGAGUGUUAUCUCAACAACAGCAACAAAGAGCACCCUUCCAAACAUCGUCUCAAGAUUCGCCCCAAACACAACCUAGCCAACAACAAACGCCUCAGCAACAACAUCAGCAUGCAAGCACCACUGGAUGGAGUGAUAUGGAAGGAAAUGGUGGCAUGGUGAAAUCUGAAUCAUCCCCUGGUAUCCCUGACAACAGUGGCAUGGCAACAGCGGUACCCACUAGCAACAGCAUGUCGUUUGAUUUGGAGCGUUUCAUGAUGAGUGACGGAGGUGAUUUUGCCGAUAUUUUUGCGAAUGCGGAUGAUAGUGCCGAUCCUGCCUUGUUGCUAGGUGAUGGGAAUGAUAUGGAUGGUGGUUUCAACAACCAUUUUCUAGCCGGGUCUUUUGGAGGAGGAGGCAAUCUUGGAAUGGAGAAUGCAGCAGCCUUGACACUUUCUGGUGCCAGCGAAAAGACGUUGCAAGCACAAGGCGAAUUGGCAGGACAUACGGAUAAGGUGUUGACAUGUGCAUUUUCCAAAAAUGGCCACUAUGUGGUGAGUGGUGGCAAGGACAAGCACGUCAUGGUAUGGAGUGUACGAGACAAGCAAAAGUUGUAUACCCUGGAUGGUCAUACGCACGUCAUUCAUUGUGCACGAUGGAGUGCAGAUGACCGGAAUUUGGUGGCCACUUGCUCUUUUGACAAGACAAUCCGCGUUUGGGAUGUGGGCUCAGCCUUGGUUUCCAAUGCUUCUUCCGUUAAACAAGUCUUGAAAUUUGAAGGCCGGACUCGCAUUUGCGCUGUUGAUUUUUGCCCCACACGACCUGAAAUCUUAUGUUCGAUGGAUGCUGAAGGAGAAUUGAAUGUUUGGAAUAUGAAUACGCAAAAAAAGGAUAAAACACUUCAAGUGCCAAUGCGAACGGUCAGCUCCAACCAAUUACGAUUUCAUCCCCGUGACGGCAACAUGGUGGCAUGUGCAGUGGGCAACCAACUUUACGUCAUUGACAUCCAUCGAUUGAAAGGCGAUAAUAACAACAACAACAUGGAUGGCAUCAAGACAAUCCAAACAAGCGACUCUAAAAACAUCACUUCAUUGGAUUGGUCAUCCGAUGGCAACUUUUUGGUGACAUGCUCGGAAGGAUUGAUUGCAGUGUAUGAUACGGUGCAUUGGAAGAUGGUCAAUUCGCAUUCUUUACAAGGCAAGACAGCGAGUUGUGCGUUUGUCAAUCAUGAAAGCAAUGGCAGCACGGAUAAGCUUCAAGUGAUCUUUGGCGAAUACGAAGCCAUCUAUAUCUGGCAAUGUAGCGUGCCUGGAGCACAACCUAAACGAACGGGUUCACAACCUGGCCUGGUAGCAGCGCUUGCAUGUUCCACCACCAGCACAUUCCCCAUGGAUGGGACAACAAUGGUUGCAUCCGCAAGUCAUAAUACCAAGGACAAAAACUUGAUGCUUUGGUCUAUAUAA